AAUUUUCUAUCUUUGUGGUUUUGUGAAGCGAGCAAGCUCGCGAUCGAAGUCAUAACAGGGUGCUACAAACUCUCCGACGAUGAAUACUUCUUCGUGCGCUGGUUUGGACGAGGCUUAUUCGUGUUUGCUCCCUUAUUUUCACUUUCAGUAACAGUAUGGUUGCAGCCAAAAUCUGCUUGCUUCUCUGUGCCACUGGAGCGCAAUAUUAUGCGAUAACACCUCCAAAUGCCAAACCUCCUGCAAAGGAGCUUCUGGAUCCAACUGGUUUCGAAGUUGUUACCUUCACCCCUUGGGUAACUAUUGCAUUGAAGAGCUUUCUCGGUGUAUGCGUUAUGUCAGAUAUCUUUCUUGCAUACGCAACGGGAAAGGAAUCAAAUGCCAUCUCAGAAUCAAUCACCACCCUUCUAGUCCGCGGUGACCUAUGUUCCCUCUCGGCCUUGGACCAUUCCGCGUUGUCACCCGCACUUAUAGCCGGGUCUUGCCUGAGCAUUAUCGGCGGUGCUAUUCGCAUCUACUGCUAUUCGGCUCUAGGCAGGCUUUUCACUUUCCAACUCAGCAUCCGCCAGGACCAUAACCUGGUCACAUCCGGCCCUUAUUCCAUCGUUCGACACCCCAGCUACACCGGUGCAUUAUGUCUUGAUCUGGGCAUCUUGCUCUGUCAUUUCCACACUCGGUCAUGGCUGGUUUCUUGUUCGGGCAUGUUUCCUUCAUCUGGCCAAUGGGUCCAGUUGACUUUGGGAUGUCUUUGGGUGGCUGCGCUUAGUCUUGUUUUUUAUAUGUUUGGACAACGUAUCGUGAAGGAGGAGGCGAUGUUGCAGGGACACUUCGGAGACCAGUGGAAAGACUAUGUGAAAAGGGUGCCUUAUAGACUAUUUCCGUGGUUGUACUGAUGACUGUAAUGGGGAUGAUGAAAGGAAAGGAGAACGCUCCGUGGUGCAAGAUAUGAUCAUCAGGGGUACGAGAGACAUUGUUUCAGUAAUCGUGAAAUGAAGAGUUGGGCUCAAAAAUCCUUGCCGUUCA